AUGAUAGUUGUGGUAUUUUCUCACUCAAGGAUUGCUCAUAGCUGUGAUAAGUCGCCGGCACCGGCACCGGCGGGAGGUGCUGCCGCCCCCGCAGCGGCUGAAAAAGGCGGCGAGGAAAAGAAGGAGGAGAAGAAAGCGGAAGCUGAGAAGAAGAGCAAGAAAUCGGAACCAGAAAAGAAGGAAGGUGAGGGUGGUGAAGGGGAGAAAAAGGCUGAUGAAAAGAAGGAAAGUGAGGGUGAGAAGAAAGAAGAGGAAAAAAAAGAGGGGGAGGGUGAAAAGAAGGAAGAGGCCAAAAAGAGUGAAGAGAAAAAGGAGGAAAAGAAGGAGGAAGAGGAAGAAAAGGGCGAGAAGAAGGAAGGUUCCAAGAAGGAGGGUUCCAAGAAGGAAGGUUCCAAGAAGGAGGGUUCCAAGAAGGAGGGUUCCAAGAAGGAAGAGUCAAAGAAGGAGGGUUCCAAGAAGGAAGAGUCAAAGAAAGAGGAAGAGAAAAAGGGUUCGAAGAAGGAAAGCUCCAAGAAGGAAGGAUCCAAGAAAGAGGAGAUGGAAGAGAAGAAGGAAGAGGAAAAGGAGGAGGAGAAGAAGGGUGACGAGGAAAAGAAGGAGGAAUAA